AGGUUCAACUGUUUUAGAAACAAAAUAGGCAUGAACAUACGAGUGUCUGAUUUGCACCACUUACCAGGAGAGCUACAGAAAGCAGCAACUAGUGUCUUUUGGCGGGGUGACAGUCAAGAUAUUUCAACUGCAUUGUUAACACCAAUUCCAUCAGUAUUCCUUCAUACAGUUGUUCGCAAAGGGGGAAUCUCAACCGCAUUAUGUUAUGCUAUCCUACAUAGCUAUCCUGAAGCUUCAGUUUCCAACUUCCGCCAACUCACUGAUUCUCAGUUGAUCUUCACUGUGGAAAAUGAAGGUCAACUAAUCGACGAUAUUAAGGGUGGAGUGGGCAAUCGAAAAUUAAACUCAACCCUGCAAGAUUUGCCCUCACUAUUAGAAGACAGUUUCUUCAACAUUUUUCAAGAAGUCCACCUGUCUUUUCAUCUUGAAAGGCAGUCAUCCUGUGCUGGUGGGUCCUCUAUCAAAAGUAAAGAAACAAUAGAGCAGGUUGACACUUCCGUUUCAGACGUGCCACCAAACACCAAUAAAACAACAUCUAUUAACAUUCAAGAGAUGAUGGAUUUGAUUGCUCAAGAUGACGGCGCAUCAUUAUUUGAGGAAGGUAAAUACGGGGAAGCACUUUUCUAUUUGGAGACGUAUUUAAAAACUGUAUCAGGUCUGGAACGGUCAUUAGUGCAACUUAAACUUGCAUUGUGUCUUCGAGCUAGUAAAAGAGAAAGUGAAUGCAAUCCACUCAUAACUGAAGCACUUACCUACAUUGAGAAGACACCUCACCUCAGUGAUCAAUGCUUGAAAUAUGCAGAAGCUUUACGUAAUGUUGGUUGCAAGUAUCGCAAUGAAGCAGCAUAUUCAAGAUCGGUAUUGAUAUUUUCUGCAUCAGCAUUUGCUUUUUCUAAGUGUUUAAAUGCUAGUCAUGUAGCUAUAGGCAUGACAAAUUGCAUGACUGACAUGAAAAUUGUAGCAGACACAGACAAGAGCACCGUUAAGUGCAAAGAACUUGUAAGACAUACGUUUCUAAAGGUUCUAAAUUUACUGGAAGCAAUGACAAAGUGUGAUGAGCUCAUUGAAGCCUUAGGUACUGGUUACAUGUACUUGGGACGUUUGUACAAGCACAAUCCAAGAACAGCGGUUGUAUGCUACCGUAAGGUUAUAGCUUCUCUUGAAGAAUGGUUUGGAGAGAAUGAUGCCAGAAAACGAAGUGACUAUGGAACGACCACACACAAUUUAGCUCACACAUUGCAAGAAAUGGGUGAAAAUUUUGAAGAAGUCGAAAGAUUAUUUGAAGCAGCAAUUGAGCGACAGGAAGCAGCCAAUGAUUGGGAAAAUUCAUCAGCCACAAAAGAAGAAUGUUUAAAAAAAUCUUUCAGUGCAUUGAAAGAAGUCAGAACUAGGCGCCUUUUUACAAAAGCUCAAUCCACUUCUCAGCAGGCAACUUUAACUUCAGUGUCGAAAAUUAAUAUUAUAGGCACAGAAAAUGAAGCAAGUAUUGGUCAAAAUUCAACAAAUACUUCAGAAUUUGUGUCAUUUCCAGUGGAAUCUCAAGCUAAACACUCCAGUGACAGUAAAAAAUUAUUUAAUGUAAGUGAUUUAAAAGUUUACAGAUUGCUUUCUACUGCAGGCACUACUUCUGGUGGUAUCACCACCACAGAAUCAACAGAACACUCAGAAAACUACAUGUUCCAGUUACUCGAGCUAGAAAAUGGUGAUGAGUUGUGGGAAAGGCAAGAAUACACACAAGCCAUGCCUAUCUAUGAAAGAUGUCAAAAUCACCUUUCCUCCACAGAUAAGCCACUGUACAUGCUAAAACUUGCUUUAUGUUUAAGUCAAGGGAAUAAGAGAGAAGAGAGCAAAAAACUGCUCACUACAACACUCCAAAACCUAGAGCAAGACCCCCCAGUUAACUAUCACUGUUUCAAACUGGGUGAAGCAGUGCGGCAGAUUGGUCAAAGAUACUUUAGGUGUGGCUGUUAUUCAAUGGCCACAUUGGUUGUUAUUUCAGCAGCAAAGCUUUUUGCUAGGUGUACCGAUGUAUCCAAUGGGCCAAAAGGUAUUCUAAACUGUAUGAAUGAUUUAAGAAACUGUGUCAAGCGGCAUAGUACAUCUUUUCAGCAUCAACUGAAUGUUGAGAAGGUUUUAACACAAUUUAUUGAUAUGAUUAAAUCAUUUCCCUCCAGUGAAACAGCCAGGAAAGCUAAUAUCCUUGGAAGAGCCUAUAGUGUUAUGGGAAACUUUUUCCUUAAAACUGGUAAAGAAAAAGCUGCAGAGCAGAGCUAUUUGUCUGGGAUCAAAUCUUACGAGGAAGCAUUUGGUACAAAAGCGGAAACUUAUUCUACUUAUGGUAUAUGUACACAUAACCUUGCAUCUUUAAUGCAAGAAUAUGGGAAGUACAAAGAAGCAGAAAUGCUGGUAAAACAGGCAAUUGAAAGACAGAAUGCAGCUACUAAUUGGCACUCUGAAAGAGAGAAAGAAGAGAGUCUACGUAAAAGUCAGAGUUUACUUGCUCACUUAAAAAGGUAAAAUUAAGUUCUGUUACACAACUUAUAGUUUUUCCAUG